AUGAUGGUGCUGGUGAAUGCUCAUCUUGCUAUGCAUCAUCACAACAGUCUGGCCGUCAUUGGAACCACUUCAACUUCAAGUCGAUUGCUGUAUCCACCACCUUCGUUGGCAUCAGUUUCGGAUAGAGAUUCUGUCGGUGCUGCCUCGUUGCCAGGCAUGACUGGGACUCUAUCUACAGCAGCCGAAAGUGCGCUUCCAGUGGGAUCGACUACUUUAUCUAAAAAGCCAGCCAACGUGUACAAACAGUUUUUUGAUGUAGAUACUCAUAUUGUGGAGCAACUGAGACGACUUGUAUUGGCCGACGUUUCAGCCGCACCAAAACAUAUAAACAAGAUGCAAUCAUCAACAACCCCUGAUAGACAAUCGCGAAUCUUGGUACUGUCAGUCUCUCCUGAUGGAUCUGCACAAUAUAUUCCAAUCAUGAAUGCAAUUUUUGCUGCGCAGAAGCAGACUGGUAAAUGA